AUGACUCUUCCUUAUGGUCUCUCUUCGGUUAGGAACCACUCUCUUCUACUCAAGACUUCUCACCUCUGCGUACCUAGAUCAGCUCUCGGUUGCUUCUCUCCCAAGGAUUCUCCUCUCUUCAAGAAGAACAGUGCCCUAUUCCUUUCUCCACAGAAACACACUUCUUUUCCUCUCAAACUCGUCCACCCUUUAGCUAGCUUCUCUUCUUAUGCUGAAGGAGAUGGAGAUCAACAGAUACAGAACUCUCACGACUCUGAUGAAAAAGGUAACGCAGAAGCUGUUGGAGACUUCUCUGGAAUGGCUAAUGCCUUUCACAUUUCAUCCAAAACAGCGAGGGCAAUCACCAUAGUCAUCGCCUUCUCUGCUCUCUCCUUGCCACUCUUCAUGAAAUCCCUGGGACAAGGACUCGCUCUCAAGACCAAGCUCCUCUCUUACGCGACACUACUCUUUGGUUUCUACAUGGCGUGGAACAUUGGAGCUAAUGAUGUGGCCAAUGCCAUGGGGACUUCUGUCGGAUCCGGAGCCCUGACCAUCCGUCAAGCUGUGAUUACUGCUGCGGUUCUUGAGUUCUCAGGUGCUCUUUUGAUGGGAACUCACGUGACUAGCACGAUGCAGAAAGGGAUCCUCAUGGCUAAUGUGUUCCAAGGGAAAGAUAUGUUGCUCUUCGCUGGUCUUCUCUCUUCCUUGGCUGCUGCUGGAACUUGGUUACAGGUGGCUUCUUACUUUGGAUGGCCAGUAUCGACAACUCACUGUAUCGUCGGAUCAAUGGUUGGGUUUGGACUGGUCUACGGUGGAGCUGGUGCGGUUUUCUGGAGUUCUUUAGCUAAAGUGGCUUCAUCUUGGGUCAUCUCUCCUCUAAUGGGAGCUUUAGUCUCCUUUCUUGUCUACAAAUGCAUCAGAAGAUUUGUUUACAGUGCACCAAACCCGGGACAAGCGGCGGCAACAGCAGCUCCUGUCGCCGUGUUCUUAGGCGUCGCCAGCAUUUCUUUCGCCGCGUUUCCUCUGAGCAAGAUCUUCCCUAUAGCUCUAUCCCAAGCCUUAGCCUGUGGAGCAGCAGGAGCCAUAAUCUUCGACAGAAUCAUCCGUGAUAAGCUCGGCCACCUUCUCGCCAAAACCAAACCACUAGACACACCGCAGAACCAGCCCAAAAGCAUUGGUUUCCUCUCCGAGAUCGCAGGUCCUACAGACACUCAGCUCGAGAUAGUCUACGGAGUCUUCGGCUACAUGCAAGUCCUCUCUGCCUGCUUCAUGUCCUUCGCUCACGGAGGCAGCGACGUCUCCAACGCCAUCGGACCUUUAGCCGCCGCGUUGAGCAUCCUCCAAAGAGGAGCCACGGGAGGAGGAGGAGAUAUCGUGAUCCCUAUGGACGUUCUCGCGUGGGGAGGGUUCGGUAUCGUUGCUGGUCUCACCAUGUGGGGAUACAGAGUGAUUGCGACGAUAGGGAAGAAGAUCACUGAGCUUACUCCGACGAGAGGGUUUGCGGCGGAGUUUGCCGCGGCCUCGGUGGUUUUGUUUGCUUCCAAGUUAGGGCUUCCUAUAUCGGCGACUCAUACGCUGGUUGGAGCUGUGAUGGGAGUUGGGUUCGCGAGGGGGCUUAAUAGCGUGAGGGCGGAGACGGUGAAAGAGAUCGUUGCUUCGUGGCUCGUUACGAUUCCUGUCGGAGGUACACUUGCUGUAAUUUACACUUGGGUUUUCACCAAGCUCUUGUCUUUUGUCUUGUGAGUUUAUGUUUUUUUUUUUGGAUCUUUGGUUUUUUGAUACAAAGAACAUGAAACUGAUUUAUUCUACGUUGUUGGCUUCAUUGAAUCGAAUUUAAAAACCCUUAAAAUUA